AUGGGCAUCUGCCUCGACACAGAGCAGCAGCGGAGCUCGGCGGCGCGGCAGGCGGAGGAGAGCGGGCGCGGCCCCCGCGAGGCCUGGACGUACGACGGGCCGCCGCGCACCCCGGAGCCCGAGGGCCGCGCCUCGCCGCUGCACAACGGCGCGCACGUCAAGUUCGAGGUGCCCAAGGUGCCCGUCAUCUUCGUCCUCGGCGGCCCCGGCAGCGGUAAGGUGACGCACUGUGACACGCUGAUGCAGGAGAAGCGCGGCAUCACGCACAUCAACAUGACGGACCUGCUGCAGCAGUACGCCAUUGGUAACGACAUGAAGGACUUCGGCCACCUGUCGAGCAAGACGGUGACGGAGGUGCUGAUGCUAGAGAUGAAGAUGGCGCCCGCCGCCAAGACUUACCUGGUGUCCGGAUACCCCAGGAGCAUGCGUGACGUCGUCGAGUACACCGAGAAGAUCCAAAUCGUGAACGGCGUGAUCCUGGUGAGCUGGCGGCAGAAGGUGCUGGAGCGCCAGAUCGAGUACGGCGCCAAGCUGGGCCAUGUGGUGCUCAGUCUGGCGCGGAUGGAGCUCAACAACUUCUACAAGCACGUCAUGCCCGUCGCCGACUACUUCGACCAGCGCGGCAUGCUCUACGCGGUGAACGGGGAACGGGAGCCGGCGCUGGUGUACCGCGACUUCCGGGCGGCGGCGCUGCGGCUACUGGGCGUGCACGACACGACCGCCCCCGCCGCCCCCACUAACUCGACGCCUCCCGCCGCCCCCGUCACGCCGCCGGCCGUGGAAGCGGUGCCCGUGUACCGCGCGCCUGCCAAGGGCUUCCCGCCGGUCAUCUGGGUCAUAGGCGGUCCGGGCAGCAACAAGGCGGCGCUGUGCGACAAGGUGGUGCGCGCGGCGGCGGGCUGGGCGCACUGCAGCGUGGGCCGGCUGCUGCGGGCGGCGGCAGAGGCGCCGGGCAACAGGAACGCCGAGGACGCGCCCCAGCUGCGGCAGGCCAUCGCCGCGGGAGACAUGGCGCCGCAGAUGUACGUGCUGCAGCUGGUCGAGUCCCAGAUGAGGACGCACAUGAGCGCUCAGGGCAUCAUCAUGGACGGCUUCCCCCGGGACAUGAAGCAAGUGCACGAGUUUGAAAGCAAGUUCAACCAGCAACCUGAGCUGGUGCUGCUGGACUGCUCAAAGCUGCAGCUGGGCCGCGGCCGGCUGGACGAUAGCGUGGCGGCCUUCCGGCGCCGCCUCGAGCUGUUCCGGGAGCACACGCUGCCCGUGCUCAAGACGCUGGACUCGGAGGGCCGGCUGGCCAUCGUGGACGGCGACACGGACACGCCGCCGGUGCAGCAGGAGUUCCACAGCCUGCUGAUGGCCAAGGUGGAGGCGCUGCGCCGCACCGGCGGCAUGAUCGUGCCGCAGCUGCAGCCGCAGCAGCAGACCCUGUUCACGGACCUGGAGGCGCAGCCCGAGAUCAACUCCGUCAGCCGCAUCGUCCACCAGCAGCAGCAGCAGCAGCAGCAACAGCUCCAGCAGACCCAGCUGCCGCACCAGCCCCACUACCAGCCGCACGCCAACGGGGUCGUCCGACCCUCCAGGGACACCAUCCGCGACAUGUAUGCCCACGUGGAGAACUACAAUGGAGAUGUACACUUGUGAAACACUCUGCGCAGUAGUGGAUCAGCAGCUUCUGGUUCCCAGAGAACCUCUAAUGCUGUUCACCCUCACAAGAUAAUGCUGUCGCCAGAUCCUUUAGAAGUACCAUUCGUGGCAUCAGAACUAACAUCGAAUCUGGUACAUUGAUCUUUCAAGACAGGGGAAGCGUGAGUUUUAUCUGUGAUUAAUGUUAUUUGGACUAUUGUGCAGGGCAUAAAAUGUCAUACUCAGCAUUCGUUGGAUCAUUUGUAAGUUUUAGACUAUGGAUGUGAACUACGCUGGCGCCACACGAUAGUGUCACCGACUAUGGAUUGUUUUGGGACUGGACUCACUAGAAGAGGCAGUUCUCUUCAAAUUCUGACGAAUAAGCUCAAUGUUUCACAUGCAGUUUACGUCUGAAGUACAGCUGGUGUCAAAGCUUUUCCUAGGCUCUCUCGUGGUAGUUACGUAAUACGUCCACACAUUUCGAGAAUUAUGACAGUAAUUGAUUGACUUUGGGUGGACUGUUCACUUGUAUCAUAUUUUAACAAGAGUGGCAACGUCACAAGUCACAUCUUCUGACCAUUGACAUUCGGAAAGCCGUACGGUGAACUAACUCUAGUUCAAGCACUAGAGCCCCUGAGUCUCCACAGAUAGCAUCCAGAAACAAAUGCGUAGAAGCACGUUAGACAUCACUUUAUUAGCCAAAAUCCAAAUGGAAUCACCAGACCCUAUACAAUGUGAUCGGGCUGAUAAAUAUUUCAUAUUGAUACAGUAAAAGUUCUUUACAGUGAAGUGAUAAAGCAAGAAUAAAUAAUCUGCUACUUAAGUAACGGGCUACUAAAAUGAAUAUUCGUAUCGGUUGUCUCCAAAAUAAAGCGCACAAUACGAAUGGAUCAAUACUUCUGCUUAAUCCAGGUAUCUCGUCGUAGCUUUACUACAUUUUUUCUGCAAUGUUUGUUUCCGACUAUUCCUAAGGGUUUAGCGUUCAACAAUGAUUAAAAUCUUAAUUCAAGGGGUAACUUCAGCCUUGAAAGUUUGUGAAAUCGUUGUGGAAAUAACAAUGAUUCUCGUCGUUGCGAUUUUCUGUAUUUAUUGUACAAAUUCAAUGAGUUAUGUUGUCUCUGCACAGAGAAGGGAAUUUGUAUUGAAUUUUAAGACACACAUCUGUAACAUUAUUAAUUUUGAGUGAGAUGCAGCCAUUGAUAACUGAUAACCCAGGUUUUCAAGUGCCUUCAGUAGCAUGAAGUCUCUACCUCAACAGUGUCAGUGAACGGAAAAAUAGUUCUUAUCAAGUCACAAUUUUGCAAAUAAAUUAUAAAUCCGAUAUGAAACUCGUCACAACGCGAAAGCAUGACCUCAAACUUGCUAAAAAUUAAUCGAAAUAGGACUGCUUGAUUCAAGAUCUACAACGACAAAUUGUUUCUGUGCACUUAGAAUACUACUUUCAAGUGAACCUAAAGGCCAUAAAGAAACAAAAAAUCAAAAUCAAAUGGAUAUACUCAUUGAUGAGCCUCUGCGAGUCCUUACCAGAGAGCCGGGAAUGUGAACUGAUACUGUCAGUGAUGUAUUUUGCUUACGUUUUUGUGUAAUAGUUAUAUAAGCCAUGCGAUACUUAAGUGGAUCGGACAGCUGUAGCUUUCAUUAAAGGACAAAUAAAAUGAUGAUGGUGCUGAAUGAGAGACUGAAAGAGUUCUAAUAGUAAUACAAAUGUAUUACUGCUGGUGCUGAAAGAGAUAUUGAAAGAGUGUUAGCACGUGAGAUCGUCUUGAGCGUUAACUUUAAUUUCAGGGGAAAUAUACGCUAAAUUUGACUCGUGUCUGCGGUUGGACAGUAGUGAAGUUUAUGUAUUUCUUUUUCUCAUUACAAAUAAGUAAUAAUUUUUUUUCUGUGUGUUCACUUUCUCAGAUAUUUACAAAUGUGUUCGUAUUUCUUUGGCUUAAGUCUUACACGUCUGUGUGCUCACAUUGAAAAGUAGUUGGCGACACAGAUCAAAAUAUGUCCUUCCCUCCGUCUGCUCAAGAACGACCUCCCGCGAAACCUAGAGCGUGCGCCGCUCUCAAGUCAUUCAUCGAUGAUCCCAGGCGCGAUCUCGUUACUUCCGAGCACAACGCACAAAAUGCAUCUUUAUUCCCUUGUCUAACGGUCUGAAGCUGGAAAACUGGCACACCUGACUUUUCAGUGUGAAGCUUUGAGACGGUACACUAUGCUGUCUGGGAAUGAUGUUCAGCAAUAUUAUCACAGAAUCCAGCGACCAUCCCAAGAACCUGUAAUGAGGUUUUAAAAUUAGGUAUUGAAUGACGUGUUAUAGGCUGCUAGAUCUGAGAUAUAUCCCUAAAACUUCAGCUUGAAGCACGAUUGUAAAAAUUUAAAUGUGUAUUUUAAUUAAAGAAAAAUAAGUUAGUGUGCUGUACAAUGGGGUCACAGGAAAUAUACGUGACAGGGGUACACCAGAAUGAGUGGUUUUAUAAUAGUUAUUACAUUAAAAUUUUAUAAUUUGUACAAAUAUCGGACAAA